UUGUUUUUGCUGUAAUGUAGAAUCUGCAUUUAACGUUAAUAGCUAGCUAUCUAACGGUAACGUCAGCUAUGUCUUUAGCUAGCUUCUGUAGCAGUUAACCUUCGUGUGCACAACAAAAUGGUAAUAUAUUCCUUAUAGGGGCUCCCGUGUGGCGCAGCGGUCCAAAACACAGCAUCUCAGUGCUUGAGGCGUCAUUACAGACUCUGGUUCGAUUCCAGGCUGUAUCACAACCGGCCGUGAUUGGGAGUCCCAUAGGGUGGCGCACAAUUGGCCCAGCGUCGUUAGGGUUUGGCCGGAAAAGCGCCAUUGUAAAUAAGAAUAUGUUCUUAAUUAACUGACUUGCCUAGUUAAAUAAGGUUAAAAAAAAUUAUAUAUAAUUAUAUAUACCCACUUGAAUCAAAAUCCAACACUUCAAAAUGUAGCUUGGUGUCUUCUGUAAGUUAUCCUCUAACCAGUGAUGUACAUAUUAUUCCAUGUGGGUUUUGAACUGUUAGUUUUUACAGGAUAUGCAACCUCAUCUCCCCGUCAAGCUAUUGAUUUCAACCUGAUAAUCGAUAGGAGUGAUUGACAAAACAGUGUGGCGUUUCUCUUUCUGUUGGUGACCCCUGUAUCAAAAUGCAACAUUCCAACAUGUAGCUGACUGUCUUCUGCAGAUUGUUCUCUAACAAGUGAUGUAAAAUGAUCUCCUGCUUCCGUGUGGUUUUUGAGUUGUGGUAGUUUCAACAGUGCAUACAACCUGAUUUCCCCCUGCUAAUCGAUACGAGUGAUUUAUUGUCAAAACAGCAGGGUUUUUGGCGCAUGUGCAAUUUAUUACUAUUGUUGCACAUUUAUGUGUAGAUAAUACAUUUUAUGUUUAGAUUUUCAAUUGAGUUUUAGGAAUAUAAAUGUAACUUUUUCAUAAUUAAUUUCCAAUGGUAUUGUACUUAAUUAGGUAAAAACUGCUGAAUGAGUCGAAAAUGUGCUGUGAUUGAUUUAUGACGAAAUUGGCUACCAGAAAUCACCAAAACGGCUUUGCCCUGCCUACUCAUGUCAUAGACCCAUGGUUAUAUCAUCUGCCAGCGGGCUACCAUUUGCAAGUCUUAGAUAUGACCUUAACGCCACAUCUCAGUUGUCCUCCACACCACUGCAGGUCCUGUUCUACCUCAACGGCUGGUAUUUUGCUGCCUACUUCCUUGCUGAGGGUCUGAUGUUUGUUUACAAAGGAUUGUUGUUACCAUACCCACCAGCUAGUCUCACGUUGGACGUUGGGCUACUUCUUGUGUUCCUUGGCUUGGAAUCCCUCCGAAUAUUUUACGGUUGGAAGGGGAACUUAACAGAGCGUUCUCUGGCCAUGUUAGUGAGUGUGCUGGUCCUGGUGCCGUGCACAGUGCUGUCUGUGUACUACCUGAUGCUGCAGACCUUUGUCCUGCGCCUGGAGUUCAUCCUUAAUGCUGUGUUACUCUGCUUCUACAGUCUGGAGAUGCUGCUGGGUAUCAUGUCCAUAUCUGCAUUCUCCAGGUCAAAGGUGUACUAAGGAAGAGGAACGCUGCAAUGUUCCACAUCGUUUCAAGAGGAAUGAAAAAAUCCUGAUUUUUACUGGGAUUGUUCUGUGAACAUAUUUUAAUCCCACAUGAUAUUGUUUGUGUUUUUAUAUGAUCUGUUAAUAGCCUAAUUUAUAUUUUUGUAAUGAUGAAAUGUCACCUUUUUUAAUUUGUUUUUGUGUCAACUGUCAAUCUUCUGUGUUACUAGUAACACUAAUGGAAUUGUCAAUGAGGGUAUUCAAUCUGCUGUACUUGAUAAUGUAAUAUAUUUGUAUGUUUUUUGUGGGGGUGGGGGGGGUUCAGAACACUGUAUUUAACGAUUUACUUAAUUAAAACAAAUCCUUAUUCAUUCACCAUAA